AGAGAGAGAGAGAGAGAGAGAGAGAGAGAGAGAGAGAGAGAGAGAAUUAGGAAAGGGAACAAGAGAGAGAGAGAGAGAGAGAGAGAGAGAGAGAGAGAGAGAGAGAGAGAGAGAGAGAGAGAGAGAGAGAGAGAGAGAGAGAGAGAGACCGACCGCAAAAGAAUAUUCAAAGACCUGAGAUUACUUGGCUCUCGGUUUUUGCCUCGCGGGAAGUCUUUACUCCCAGGCCGGCUCAGAGAGAGAGAGAGAGAGAGAGAGAGAGAGAGAGAGAGAGAGAGAGAGAGAGAGAGAGAGAGAGAGAGAGAGAGAGAGAGAGAGAGAGAGAACCAUAGAAAAAAACAUAAAACAAUGAGAAACACAGAAAUAUGAUGUAAAACCAAAUAAAAAGAGAGAAGAACACAAAGAAUUCAGCGACAAAGACAAAAAAAGAAUAAAACAAAGGAUAGAUGGAAAUCACAAGAAUCACAGAGAAAGUAACGCAGUAAUAAAAAAGAAAAUAAAUAAAUAAAAGGCCAAGGAAAUAGUGGAGAGGUGUGUCAUGUAAAAUACGAGUCGGAAAAAGCAUAUACCUGUGUUUCUGGUGCUGACAGGUAACGCCAGGCCACCGGACGGGCCAGCCAGCCUCACCCACGCCCCGCACAGCGCUGCGCUCCCUGCCCAGCCCCGAGGGAUAGUUAGGGAGAGAGGGAAAGGGAGAGAAAGGGUGACUGGGGAGAGGAGGGGAGUGGCAUGUAGGCCCAUUCAUAAACGGACAAACAGGAAGAUUUGUUAAAAGACCCAUAGGCAGAUGGAUAGAUAGAUAAAAUGAAAGACCGACAGACAGACAGAUAGAUAAAUAAAUAGACAGAUAGAUAGACAAAAUAGAUAGCCGGACAGACCAACAGACAGACAGACAGACAAAAAACUAGACAGAACAAUAAACUAACAGAAAGAGAGAGAGAGGGAUAGAGAAAAACACAGAUAAACCUAAGCGAGAAACAGACAGAUAGAAAGACAGACGGGCAAGCAGCGAAUGAAUCUGUGAAGGUUUGCUCGGACACACAGACACAGGCACAGAAUCCGAAGAGGUAUGAGCUGCCAGAAUCCAUGAAUUUGGGACCUACAGGCGGGCUGGCGUGCGGGCGUGCGGGCGAGGGCGCAGGUCAUGACUAGAGAGGAUCGGGGAAACAAAUGCCGCUAGAUCUUCUCGGAAAAUGUAAACAAAGAAGUCGAUUGCAAGCGUGCCGUGUUGUAUGAUCGAGCUCUGCAUUUCGAGCCACUUGGAGCUUCCGUUGCUACUGUUUUCCAAGGCCACAUGGAUGGUAAGUUGGGUUCACUUGGGUGUUUUUCCCCGUUGAUGAUACAGAUAUCUUGUUAAGCUAUCACUGGGUUAAUGAAAGGAGGCUCGCAGACCUCAGUAGCUUCCAUUAGAACCUGUUAGAAGCAAUCAAGUUCAGGAAGGUUUAGGAAUGGCAGCCUGACUACAGUUGGAAAGUAAUGUACGAGUAAAUAGAGAAUUGGAAUCUGAGAAAGCGAGUGUAGACUAAUGCAUGAAAGCAGCCUUUAAGACCUCAAUAACUUCCACUACACCCUGUUAAAAGUAGUGGUCAGACGUGGGAACUGCGCUGAAGUACAGUUGGAAAAUAAAGUCAGUAGAAUCAGACGGCUUGAAAUCUGACAGAACGAGCGGGAAGCAAUGCAUGAAAACAGCCUUGAAAGUCCCAACAGCUUCCAUUAGAGCCUGUUAGAAGUAGUGAUCAGACAUGGUAACGUUUGGAAAUAGGGACUAAAUACAAAAUGGAAAGUAAUAUCGGUAGGAGAAAUAGAGUUGAAAUCCGACGAAACGAGCGAGGAGUAACACAUUAACACAACCUUCAGAGCCCCAAUAACUUUCAAUAGAGGCUGUUACUCGAGAUAAGACGCGGGAACGUUUGAGCCUCAGUACAAAUGGAGAGAAAUGUCAGUAGGAGCAAUAGAGUUAAAAUCUGACAAAACGAGUAAGGAACAAUACAUAGAAAAAAAAAAACAUUGAACACCCCAAAUAACCUCCACUAACGCCUGCAACUCAAUAUCAGACACGGGAACGUUCGGGAAUAGGGGUUCAGUACAAAUGAGAAAUAACACCAACAGAAUCAGUCGACGUGGAAUCAGACGAGUGAGGAGCAAUGCGUAACCCAAACCUAACGGUGGUGGUGGAAAUACUGAGAGGCGUGAGACAAUGGAGCAAGCGAGGUGAUGCAGGAGGAAGGUGAAGGGUGAGGCGUGGGUCGAGGCGUCUUGCAGUCAUCGGUGAGGCGGCAAGGACCUACCGUGCGUUUUUCAUCAGCAGCAGCGUGUUGGCGUGGCGAUGAGACGAAGCGGUGGAGGUGCGAGUCAAGGGGAGGAAGGGAUCAUCUUGAAGAGAAGGAAGGAAAGCAAGAGGAAAGGGUGGAACAAUGCCUCGAGGAAAGCUAGGAGGGAGGUAUUAAUGUGAAGAUAGUUUGUAGCUGUGAGAACUUCGGAAAUGGAGGAAGGAAAAUAAAUAUAAUGUAAAUGAGAAAAAAAGAGAAAGUGGGAAAGAAACGUUGGAGCAAAGCUUCAAAGAAAAAAAUAAGAUAUAAGUAUUAAAAUGAAAAUAGCUUGUUAGGGAAACUUACUUAGAAGAAAGGAAAAAAACUAAUGUAAAUGGAGAAGGAAUGAAAGAAAUACAGAAUGAAUAAGUCUAGCACUGCUUAUCGGAAAAAGUGGGAGAAACGUAACAAUGUAAAGAAAGUUUAUAUCAGUGAGAAAUUAGAAAACAGAGGAAGGAAAGGGAAAACAUUGCAAGCGGAGAAAAGUAAAGAAAAGGCAGAAUCAAAGGGUCUAGCAAGGCCUCAAGAAAGAAGCGAGCGAAGCAGAGGUGCGGUGGCGGUGAACAGCUGUGGGGGCGUAACAAGAGAACUGAAUGUUAUACUGGAUAUUGUGCAGAUGUACGUGGAAAAUACCGCCCAGGCAGACACGAUGAUGCACAAUGGAUGGUUUGCUCUCA